UAGAAGCACUGAAUGUGCCACUGUCACAAAUGAAGCUGGAGAAAGUAGUGCCAUGUUGCCUUGUCUUUUAAAAAUCUCCAGGUGACUGUGUCUUUGUUAGUGCCUCCCUGUUGUCAAGGUCAUCUGCAGAUUUUCUGCCUGUUACAAUUUGUAUUUUCCAUGAUUCAUAAACAGUCAGUUUUGUACUUGUCACGUAGGCACGGCACAAGGCAGGUGUGUCUGUUGUAAGACGCGAGUGGUCAGGUGAAAUAAACCACUGAGGUCACCCUGGCUGAUCAGACUUUCACAAUCCUUCAUGGUUUUAUUUAUUUUUUCAUCUGCUUAUGUCAAAACGUUGGGAGCUGCUUAUUAGAAUUCGUAAAUACUAUCAGGUUUCCAUCUACCCAUUUCCAAGUGGUCCCUGUUCCCUGAGCUUGGCUGGUUGACAGCUCAGGCUGCAGCCCAGGCCAUCCAGUUUAACCCAGCUCCGUGUGGCUGUGAGUAUAGACCUACAACUCAGAAGCCUGCAGCCAGCAAGCUGGGAUUGUUCUCAGUUCUUCCCCUGCCAAGCUACACAACCCAGGGCAAGGUUCAUGAAUUUCUGUGUCAUUGUGCUCAACAGCUAAGUGGAUGGAAUCAGAGCAGUCAGCUUGCAGGGGUUUGUGAAGAUCCAAUAAGCUACUGUGUAUGAAACCCUUACAACAGAGUGGUGUGCAGGAAACACUCAGUCACACCAGCAGUUUUUAAUAUCCACCUCAAGUUCACGGGAGGCCCCUUGGGGAUCUGGGCAUCAUCGGGCCAGAGCCUCUCAGCCUUUAUUGUUGCUGGGCCCUGCCUUCUCCUCCCUAUGUCUUUGAGUCUUUUAAGCAGACAUUGCUUGUGGACUGCUAAGGGAUGCCUUGGGGACCUGGAUGUCUGUCUUGUGUGCCUCUUUCAUGCAGAGAGCAGCUCCCCGCACACCUGGGAGGUUUUCCCCUGUUUUCUCAUUCUGCCUCUCUCCAUAGGAUGAUCACUGUGAGCGGGGCCAUGGAAAAGGCUCUUCUUCAGCAUUUCAUAUGCCGGAAACUGGAGAUUUCCUAUGCCAUACAAAAGCCAUUUCCCUUCUUUGAAGGCCUCCGAGACAAGUCCUUCAUCACUGAGAAAAUGUACAGGGAAUCGCUGGAAGCCUGUACAAAUUUGGUCCCUGUGUCCAGAGUGGUGUACAACACUCUCACCCAACUGGAGAAGACAUUUAACCUUUCACUUCUGCUGACAUUGUUCAGCCAAAUUAACCUGCGGGAAUACCCCAAUCUGACGGAGAUUUUCGGAAGCUUCAGAAGCGUGGGUGCUUCCUAUGGAGAGAGGAGCAGAACCACAGCCCUGCCACUCAAAGCCCCAGCAGAAAGGUACACGCUGCUGCCGCUGAUCCCACCUCACCCUCCCUCACUGAGUCAUCUGUCCUGUGCGCCCAGAGUCAGUGAGCCCAGAGCAGCCUUGCAGCAAAUCCACGUGACCCUGGAUGAACUGCCCAGCACCUCUGACCCUGCCACGCCUCCCCCUGACCUAAUCCAGGAAGGAAGAAGCACUCCAGCGGCCAGUGACAACUUAACACCUGAAAUAACUGAGGAAGAAGACUCACAAGAGAUGCCCAGCACUCCCCCUGGCGCUGGGCAAGUGGUGACAGAGAAUUCUCCAGAGUCAAAUGACCCAGAGGAGCCCCACGAGGCACCUAGCACACCUCCAAAGAAGAAAGGAAGAAAAAUAAGAAGAAAUAUCUGGUCAACUCCAAAAAGGAGACGUCAGAAAAAAAGCUGCCCGAGAGAGGCAGCCUCACCUGGGCACAGAAAUGAAGAGAAGCUCCCAAAGCAGGAUCAGGAGACUCCAAGGAAGGAUCACUCAACCUGCAGCUCGAGGGUAGUGACAAGGGCCCAGAAGGCUAGGAUCACACGUGCCUGGGCAUCCAGACAGGACCAAAAACCUAAAGAUGACCUCAUGGAUUUUCUGUCUCCUGAACUUCCUGUGACCUGUGGUACAGCAAAAGGGAUUUUAUAUAAGGAGAAAAUGAAGCGAGGCUCCUCCGAGAAGUGCAUCCAGAAUGAAGAGGGAGCGUGGUUCACACCCCAAGAAUUUGCCAUUAAAGGAAAAGGGAGAAAUGCAAAAAACUGGAAGUGGAGUGUGCGCUGCCAAGGAAAGACCCUAAGUCAGCUGCUGGAAGUAUUACAGUGACCAGAGACGGCAGGUGACGGGUUUAACCUUGGGAGGGACUCAAAAGAGGAGUAAAUGGCAGGUGUUCCUACCACAUUUCUGGUCGCCUUGUUAACUCUGAGCCUCUGAGUGUCCCAGCUCGAAGCCGCCCCUCACUUGGGCAGGGUGACUUCACGACAACUGCCCUAGCACCCUGCUGCCAGCACACUGCCACUGCUUUCAUAGUUAAUUUGGGUGGGGAAGAAAAUGACUCUUCAAAAUGAAAACUGGGGGCUGGGGUUGUGGCUCAGCAGUAGAGCGUUCGCUAGCAUGUGUAAGGCCCUGGGUU